ACUGCUGUAAGAUGGAGAAGUUAAAAUUGAGGCGCAUUCAAGGUAUUGUAUAUGAAAGAUGCUGUUAAGUUGGAAUUGCCAAAAUACUUAUCGAUCAGUGUGUAGAAACUAGUGACCAUGAAGGUUGACAGAAGCAAAUUAAAGAAAACCCCCACAGAAGCGCCUGCUGACUGCAGGACGCUCAUAGAGAAGUUGAAAGGAUGCAGUGACGAGCAGCUGCUGCUGGAACUGCAGCAAAUCAAAACCUGGAAUAUAGGAAAGUGUGAGUUGUACCACUGGGUGGACCUGUUGGACCGCUUUGAUGGGAUUCUCUGCGAUGCUGGCCAGACAGUGGAGAACAUGUCUUGGCUGCUGGUGUGUGACCGGCCGGACAACGGGCAGCUCAAAGCUUUGCUGUUGGCCGUGCUCAAUUUCACAGCCCUGCUGAUUGAGUACAGCUUCUCCAGACACCUGUACAGCUCUAUAGAGCACUUAACCACCUUGUUAGCCUCCUGUGACAUGCAGGUGGUUCUGUCUGUGCUGAACCUGCUCUAUGUGUUCAGCAAGCGCUCUAAUUACAUUACCAGACUGAGCUCAGACAAGAGGAGCCCUCUGCUGGCACGCCUGCAACACCUGGCCGAGAGCUGGGGAGGGAAGGAGAACGGCUUUGGUUUGGCAGAAUGCUGCAGAGAUCUGCCUAUGUCGAAAUACCCACCCAGUGCCACAACCCUGCACUUUGAGUUCUAUGCUGAGCCCAGCUCUGAAGUCAAAGUAGAAAGAAAGUCCAGCAGCAACACACUACACUACAUACACAUUGAGCAACUUGACAAGAUCUCGGAGAGCCCUUCAGAGAUCAUGGAGUCGCUGACGGUCAUGUACAACAUCCCUAAGGACAAGCAGACGCUGCUGUUCACACACAUCCGUCUGGCCCAUAGCUUCUCCAACCACAAGAAGAGGCUGCAGGCUGUCCAGGCCAGGCUGCACGCUAUCUCUAUAUUAGUGUACUCCAACGCCCUCCAGGAGUCAGCCAACAGUAUCCUCUACAACGGGCUGAUCGAGGAGCUGGUGGAUGUUCUGCAGAUCACUGACAAACAGCUGGUGGACAUCAAAGCCGCCUCCUUGCGCACUUUGACGUCAAUCGUCCACUUGGAACGGACACCCAAACUGUCCAACAUCAUCGACUGCACUGGCACGGCCUCCUACCAUGGCUUUCUGCCCGUGCUGGUGCGCAACUGCAUACAGGCCAUGAUUGACCCGUUGAUGGAGCCCUACCCGCACCAGUUUGCCACAGCCCUCUUCUCCUUUCUCUACCACUUGGCCAGUUACGAUGCUGGUGGAGAGGCGCUGGUCUCCUGUGGAAUGAUGGAAGCUCUGCUGAAGGUGAUUAAGUUUCUGGGAGAUGAGCAGGACCAGAUUACCUUUGUGACGCGGGCGGUGCGUGUGGUGGACCUCAUCACCAACUUGGACAUGGCUGCCUUUCAGUCCCAUAGCGGCCUUUCCAUCUUCAUCUGCAGACUGGAGCAUGAGGUGGACCUGUCUCGGAAAGAGUGCCCUUUUGUUAUCAAGCCAAAGAUCCAGAGACCCAGUGCUGCUGCAGACACAGAGGACAUGGACACAGACAUGGACAUGUCUGAAGUUGCCAUGGAGAGCAGCCCCGGGCCAUCCACCUCCACAGGCUCCAGAGCCGACACAGACCCACGGACACAGAGCAGCACGGCUAGCGCACCCAGAGCAGGUGUGCAGUGCAUUCCACAGAGGGCAGCUCUGUUGAAGUCUAUGCUCAACUUCUUGAAGAAGGCGAUACAAGACCCUGCCUUUUCUGAUGGCAUACGUCAUGUAAUGGAUGGGUCCUUGCCUACCUCGCUGAAGCACAUCAUCAGUAAUGCAGAGUAUUACGGCCCUUCACUUUUCCUCUUGGCUACGGAGGUGGUGACAGUGUUUGUGUUCCAGGAGCCCUCUCUUCUCUCCUCUCUGCAGGACAACGGCCUCACUGAUGUUAUGCUUCACGCGUUACUCAUCAAAGACGUCCCUGCCACCAGAGAAGUGCUGGGCUCCCUUCCCAAUGUGUUCAGUGCCCUGUGCCUCAACGCCCGUGGCCUGCACUCCUUCGUUCAGUGUCAACCCUUCGAACGCCUGUUCAAGGUGCUGCUCUCGCCCGACUACCUGCCCGCCAUGCGCCGCCGCCGCAGCUCUGACCCGCUGGGGGACACGGCCUCUAAUUUGGGCAGCGCUGUGGACGAGCUGAUGAGACACCAGCCAACGCUAAAGACAGACGCCACCACCGCCAUCAUCAAGUUACUGGAGGAGAUCUGUAACUUGGGCAGAGCACCUGAAUACAUUUGCCAGAAGCCAUCCAUCCAGAAAGCAGACGGCACGGUCACAGUGCCCCCCGCCCGCUCCAACCACGCCGCCGAAGAGGCCUCCAGUGAGGACGAGGAGGAGGAAGAGGCACUGCACACCUUCAGUCAGCAGCAGGGGGAGCCAGAGAGCAAUAGACAGGUGGUUGGCACAGAGGAGCGGAUACCCAUUCCCCUUAUGGAUUACAUUCUGAAUGUGAUGAAAUUUGUGGAGUCUAUUCUCAGUAACAACACCACUGAUGACCACUGUCAGGAGUUUGUCACCCAGAAAGGACUCCUGCCAUUGGUUUCCAUUCUGGGCCUACCAAACCUUCCCAUUGACUUUCCCACAUCUGCCGCCUGCCAGGCUGUGGCGGGCGUCUGCAAAUCCAUCCUGACUUUAUCCCAUGAGCCGAAGGUACUGCAGGAGGGCCUGUGUCAGUUAGACAGCAUUCUCUCGGCUCUGGAGCCUUUGCACAGACCCAUCGAAGUGCCAGGAGGCUCCGUGCUGCUGAGAGAGCUGGCCAACGCCGGCCACGUCACGGACGCCACCCUGUCUGCCCGCGCCACGCCCCUGCUGCACGCCCUCACCGCUGCACACGCCUACAUCCUCAUGUUCGUCCACACCUGCAGAGUCGGACAGAGCGAGAUCCGGGCUAUCUCAGUGAACCAGUGGGGCUCCCAGCUGGGUCUAAGUGUGCUGAACAAGCUGAGUCAGCUCUACUGCUCUCUGGUGUGGGAAAGCACCGUCUUACUAUCCCUCUGCACACCCAACAGUCUGCCUCCUGGCUGUGAGUUUGGCCAGGCCGACAUGCAGAAACUGGUGCCUAAGGAGGAAAAACCGUCCACCAGCACAGCUGCUAGCGGAGCCAGAAGAACUGCAGAAACAGAGACUCUGGAUCCCUCAGCCCAAGGUCUGCUGGAGGGUAUGGGAUUGGACGGAGACACUCUCGCUCCCAUGGAGACGGAUGAACCCACCGCCACGGACCCCAAAACCAAGUCCAAACUCACCCCUGCCAUGGCAACACGCAUCAAGCAGAUCAAACCUCUGCUCUCUGCGUCGUCUCGUCUGGGCCGGGCUCUGGCCGAGCUCUUUGGGCUGCUGGUGAAGCUCUGUGUGGGUUCACCCGUCCGGCUCCGACGCUCUCAUCACACCACCAGCACGGGCACUGCCCCCACGCCAGCCGCCCGUGCCACCGCGUCCUCACUCACCAAACUCCUGACUAAAGGCCUGAGCUGGCAGCCACCCCCCUACACGCCAACCCCACGCUUCAGGCUGACGUUCUUCAUUUGCUCUGUGGGUUUCACCUCUCCCAUGCUGUUUGAUGAGAGAAAAUACCCUUACCACCUCAUGCUGCAGAAGUUCUUCUGCUCUGGUGGACACGACGCUCUGUUUGAGACCUUUAACUGGGCCCUGUCCAUGGGGGGCAAGGUGCCAGUUUCAGAGGGGCUGGAGCACUCUGACCUGCCUGACGGUACGGGGGAGUUUCUGGACGCCUGGCUCAUGCUGGUGGAGAAGAUGGUGAACCCCAGCACGGUGCUGGACUCGCCUCACUCCCUCCCUGCCAAAGUGCCCGGGGCUACGCCCACCACCCCUCAGUUCAGUGCCCUUCGCUUCCUCAUCGUCACACAGAAGGCUGCUUUUAACUGCAUCCGCAGCCUGUGGAACCGGAAACCGCUGAAGGUGUACGGAGGACGGAUGGCCGAAUCCAUGCUCGCCAUCCUGUGUCACAUCCUGCGCGGAGAGCCCAUCAUCCAGGAACGCCUGGCCAAAGAGAGAGAGGGCUCCGCACGCCCUGACGACGAGGGCAGCUCCUCUGGCCCGGGAGGAACCAGCGGAGCUCCUGGCACGGGAGGAGCGGUGGGCGAGGGAGCGUCGGGGGCGGGUACGGCCGGCGCAGGGACCGGAGGAUCCGGAGAGGACGGGAGCAGCUCCACCCCCCGCAGAGAGCCACAGGUCAACCAGGCCCAGCUCACUCAGCUGAUGGACAUGGGCUUCUCCAGAGAGCAUGCUAUGGAAGCCCUGCUCAACACCAGCACCAUGGAACAGGCCACAGAGUAUCUGCUCACUCACCCACCCCCACUCCUCAGUGCAGCCGUCAGGGAAUUCACCAUGUCUGAAGAAGACCAGAUGAUGAGAGCCAUUGCUAUGUCUCUGGGACAGGAAGUCAGCAUGGAACAGCGCUCUGACUCACCUGAGGAGGCAGCCCGCAGGCGUGAGGAGGAGGAGAGGAGAGCGAGGGAGCGGGCAGAGGAGGAGGAGGCUCGUUGCUUGGAGCGGUUCUUAGAAGCCGAGCCUUUGGACAGUACCGAGCUGCAUGCCUUCACUGACACCAUGCUUCCAGGCUGUUUCCAUCUGCUGGACGAGCUACCAGACACAGUGUACAGACUCUGCGACCUCCUAAUGACAGCCAUCAAGAGAAACGGCCCGGAGUACAGAGACCUCAUCCUCAGACAGGUCGUCAACCAGGUGUGGGAGGCGGCGGACGUGUUGAUUAAAGCUGCGGUUCCACUCACCACCAGUGACACUAAGACUGUGUCUGAGUGGACCAGACAGAUGGCAACCCUGCCCCAGGCCUCCAACCUGGCAACCCGCAUCCUGCUGCUAACACUGCUCUUUGAGGAGCUGAAGCUGUCGUGUGCGCGGGUAGUGGAGAGCAGCGGGGUCCUGACGGUGUUGAUUAAGCUCCUGGAAGUGGUGCAGCCCUGUCUGCAGGCUGCCAAAGAGCAGAAAGACAUCCAGACGCCCAAAUGGAUCACCCCAGUGCUUCUGAUCAUAGACUUCUAUGAAAAAAUGGCUGUUUCAUCCAAACGACGAGCCCAGAUGAACAAGUACCUACAGCCCAAUGGAAAUAAUUGGCGCUGGUUUGACGAUCGCUCAGGCCGCUGGUGCAGCUACAGCGCCAGUAACAACAGCACCAUCGACUCAGCCUGGAGGGCAGGAGAGACCAGUGUCCGCUUUACCGCCGGCCGCAGGAGGUACACCGUCCAGUUCAACACCAUGGUACAGGUGAACGAGGAGACGGGGAACAGGCGGCCUGUGAUGCUGACGUUGCAGAGAGUGCCCCGAGUGGCCAAGCCCUCUAAGACAGGCAGCGUGACUGACGCUGAGAGAGAGGAGGCAGACAGGGAGCAGAGAGCCAAGACUGACGAGUCCCACACAGACACCGAGUCUGGCUCUGUUGCCGUGGAAAUGGCUCCCCCUAAAGACGAGACGGAGCAGAAGGAGACGUCUGGCGCCGCCCCGGCGCCUCCCUCGGCCUCUCAGGACCCUUCGUCGUCCGGUGGCAUCGUGGUGCAGGGCCUGACGGAGGAGAUGACCACGGUGCUGAUCCGCGCCUGCGUCAGCAUGAUCAGCGUUCCCGUGGAUCCGGACACGCUGCACGCCACACUGCGUCUCUGCCUGCGUCUCACGAGGAACCACCACUACGCCAUGAUGUUCGCCGAGCUCAAGAGCACCCGCAUGAUCCUGGGCCUCACCCAGAGCUCUGGCUUCAACGGCUUCACGCCGCUUGUCACCCUCCUCUUUCGCCACAUCAUCGAGGACCCUGCCACCCUGCGCCACACCAUGGAGAAGGUGGUGAGGUCUGCUGUGACCAGUGGAGCAGGUAGCACCACCUCAGGUGUGGUGUCUGGAAGUCUUGGCUCACGGGAGAUCAACUACAUCCUGCGUGUGCUCGGCCCGGCCGCCUGCCGCAACCCGGAGUGUUUUACAGACGUGGCCACCAGCUGCGUGCGCAUUGCCCUGCCCGCGCCCAGGGGUGCUGGGACUGCCUCCGACGACGAAUUUGAAAACCUGAGAAUCAAAGGACCCAACGCAGUACAGCUGGUGAAAACCACCCCACUGAAGUUGUCUCCAUUGCCCCCCAUCCCAGACACCAUUAAAGAAGUCAUCUACGAUAUGCUCAAUGCUCUGGCAGCGUACCAUGCUCCUGAGGAAGCAGAGAGAGGAGAGGAGAGGGUGGUGACGGUGCCUGGGGGUCAGGACCUGUGUCAGAUCCUGCAGGAUGUCGGGGAUGACGUGUACCAGCAGUACAGACUCACGCGACAGGGCAGCGACUUUGACUCGCAGUCUGCUUUUCACAUCAACACUCAGGUGUUUGCUGCAGAUGGCGCUGUAGCUGAGUCAUCUCAGUCUGGUACACCCCAAGGAGAAGCUUCAACGCCUGAGGAGAUGCGUGAGGAGAAGAAGGAGCAGGAGGGGGAGAGGGGAGCGACCUCAGAGGAGAGCCGAGCGGCCAAAGCCAAGGCGAGCAAGCCCCUAAUGCCCACCUCCACCAUCCUGCGUCUCCUGGCCGAGCUGGUCCGCUCCUACGUGGGCAUUGCCACGCUCAUCGCCUCCUACUGCUACACGGCUGGCCAAUCAGAGCUCAUUAAAGAGGACUGCAGUGUGUUGGCCUUCGUAUUGGACCACCUACUGCCUCACACCCAGAACUCGGAGGACAAGGACACACCCGCCCUAGCACGCCUCUUCUUGGCCAGCCUGGCAGCAGCUGGCACCGGCACUGAUGCCCAGGUAGCCCUGGUCAACGAGGUGAAGGCCGCCCUUAGUCGGGCCCUGGCCAUGGCAGAGGGCACGGAGAAACACGCUCGGCUCCAGGCGGUGAUGUGCAUCAUCAGCACCAUCAUGGAGUCCUGCCCUUCCACCUCCAGCUUCUACAGCACCGCUACAGCCAAGACGCAGCACAACGGAAUGAAUAACAUUAUCCGCCUCUUCCUCAAGAAGGGCCUGGUCAACGACCUCGCCCGCGUGCCCCACAGCCUCGACCUGUCCAGUCCCAACAUGGCAAACACGGUGAACGCUGCACUGAAACCUCUGGAGACGCUCUCUCGCAUAGUCAACCAGCCUAGCAGCCUAUUCGGAGGCAAAGGAGGUUCCAGCAAGAACAAAACGGAACAUGACACCGUGGGCACCACCCGAGACAGUAACAGCAGCACACAGGACCAGGGGGAGGCAGGCGAGGCUGAGCCUGUUGAGAGCAGGCAUCGGGGCCAGGGGACGGACGGAGAUUUGAUGGAUGGAGAGACAGAGGGUGACACGGUGGUCAUCGCUGGUCAGCCUGAGGUCCUCAGCACGCAGGCCAUGCAGGUGGAGAAUGAGUUGGUGGAUUUGAUUGACGAACUUCUGGAGAGAGAUGCAGGGACUGUUAAUAGCACUAUCAUCGUUGGACGAAGUGGUGAGGAUGAAUCACAGGAAGACGUGCUGAUGGAUGAAGCUCCCUCCAAUAUGAGUCAGGCCUCCACCCUCCAGGCCAACAGAGAAGACUCCAUGAACAUUCUGGAACCUGAGGACGAGGAGCACACUCAGGAGGAAGACUCCAGUGGCAGCAAUGAAGAUGAAGACAGUCAGGAUGAGGAAGAGGAGGAAGAAGAAGAAGAGGAGGAGGAUCAGGAUGAUGAAGAGGGAGAUGAGGAUGAUGAUGAUGAAGGCUCAGAGAUGGAGCUGGACGAAGAUUUCCCGGACAUCAACGCUGCUCCACACAUACGUUUUGAGAGAUUCGAUCGGGAUGAUGACCUCAUAAUUGAGUUUGACAACAUGUUCUCCACUUCAGCCGACAUCCCUCCAUCACCAGGAAAUAUCCCCAGCUCCCAUCCACUGAUGGUACGUCACGCUGAUCAUGGCUCACUCACCCUGGGUGGAGCUGGCACCAGCAGCAGGUUGGCACAGGGCAUGGGUCGCAGCCAACGCACCCUCCGUCAGCUCUCCGCCAACACCGGCCACACCAUCCACGUCCAUUACCCUGGCAACCGCCAGCCUAACCCCCCACUCAUUUUGCAGAGGUUGUUGGGGCCCAGUGCUGCAGCAGACAUCUUGCAGCUCUCCAGCUCUUUACCUCUGCAGUCCCGUGGCCGCGCCCGCCUGCUGGUUGGCAACGAGGAUGUUCACAUCAUCGCCCGUUCUGACGACGAGCUGCUGGACGACUUCUUCCAUGAACAGAGCAGCACAGGAGGACAAGCCGGAACCCUGUCCAGCAUACCUACAGCCUUAACCAGAUGGACAGAUGAGUGUAAAGUGUUGGAUGCAGAGAGCAUGCAUGACUGUGUGGCAGUGGUGAAAGUGCCCAUCCUGCAACACUUGGAGAAUCUGAGAGAUGAAGAGCUUGAGGAGCGUAGGGAGAAGAGGAGGAGGCAGCUGGCCGAGGAAGAGGAGGCCAAGCAAAACGAGAGGAGCGCCUCAGCCACAGAGGAGAGCAGGGAGCAGAGCCUACAGGGUUCUGGCCUGGGAACUGGGAAUGGAGCCGGAGAGAACACAGCUGAAGGAGAGCAAGCGCAGGGUGGGGUUUCUUCUUGUUUGGAUCCUCCCCGCACGUCAGAGGGUUUCCUCACUGCGCCUCCAUCAGGAGAGGUCACCCCCACCACCCCUGCUCCUCACGAACAGGCCCUGGUGUCCUUGGAGACAGCCAUCAGCCAGCAAGUGCACCAGCCAAUCGCUGAGCUCCUGCUGGCUGACUCGAAUGCCGAUUCGCUCGGGGCCUUGGCUGGGACAGGACUGCCCCAGCUUUCGGCGCCCGACAGGCCAAAUUGCGAAGCCGAGGCGUCCCAGAUGGAAAUGUCCCCCGCGCCCACUAUCGGUGAGGGAGGAGGAGGAGGUGGAGGAGGAGGAGGAGGAGAAGCAUUGGAUGCAGUCAGGGAAGCUUCACUCAGUCCAGAUAUAGCAGAGAGUUCAGAGCCUGUUCCUGUCGGCAUUUCACAACUGGAAGGGUCUCCCAUGGAUACCAGUAGCCCCGCCUCUGCAACGCAGGAAGAGCCCGCCCCUAGCUCGGCACAGCCGAAUCACAUGUCCCAGGAACUGUCUGGAAGUGGUGACAGUGGGCUGACAGACAGGCAAACAGAUGCAGAGACUGGCUCCACGUCUGUCUCUUCACCUGGAGAGACUAUGCCUAGGAGUGACAGCGCAGACAGCCAAUCUCAGGCCAUUCAGGAGGAGCCCCUCCCAUCCACCAGCAACGAAGAGGACGACCCUCUAGCAGGCAUUAGUCUGCCAGAGGGCGUAGAUCCCUCAUUUUUGGCCGCCCUUCCUGAGGAUAUCCGAAGGGAGGUUCUCCAAAACCAGCUGGGAAUCAGACCUCCAUCUCGUCCCCCUGCUUCCUCCUCCCUGUCCUCCUCAGCAGCCCCAGUGCUGGGUGGAGGUGCAGGAGUGACUGAGGUCAGCCCGGAGUUCCUCGCCGCCUUACCACCUGCCAUACAGGAAGAGGUUCUGGCCCAACAACGUGCGGAGCAGCAGCGGCGGGAACUGGCCCAGCAGCCCCCUCCGGGUGACCAGCCUCUCGACCCGGUCACCUUCAUCCAGACCCUGCCGUCGGAGCUGCGCCGCUCCGUGCUGGAGGACAUGGAAGACAGCGUGCUGGCCGUGAUGCCCCCCGACAUCGCGGCCGAAGCGGCGGCGCUGCGGCGUGAGCAGGAGGCCAGGCAGAGGCAGCUGAUGCACGAGCGUCUGUUCGGCCACAGCUCCUCCUCUGCCCUGUCGGCCAUCCUGCGCUCUCCCGCCUUCACCAGCCGACUGGGCGGAAACCGUGGGGUGCAGUACACCCGCCUGGCCGUGCAGAGAGGAGGAACAUUCCAGAUGGGUGGCAGCGCCAACCACAGUCGUCCCUCCAGCUCCAGUGUGGACUCUUUGCUCCGUCUGCGUGGGCGUCUCCUGCUGGACCAUGAAGCUCUCUCCUGCUUGUUGGUUCUGCUCUUCGUGGACGAGCCCAAGCUGAACACCAGCCGGCUGCACAGGGUAUUGCGUAACCUGUGCUACCACUCUCAGACGCGCGGCUGGGUUAUCCGCAGCCUGCUGUCCAUUCUGCAGCGUAGCAGUGAGAGCGAACUGUGCCUGGAGACGGCUCGGCUCGACGAGGCCCGCGGCAAACGCUCCAUAGGCCAGGGCUCAUCAGGCGGGAGCAAGGGUUCGGCCUCCGCCUCCCAAGCCGCCAUGGCUUCUUCAUCCUCGUCCUCCUCGUUGGAGUUGUUAAACCGAGUGGAGUCGCGGAGCUCCAGCCAGCUGUCCUGGCUCUCGGUUUCCAUGGACGCAGCCUUGGGCUGCCGGACCAACAUCUUCCAGAUCCAGCGAGCCUCCAGCCGGAAGCAUGCCGAGCGGCACUCCGCUGGAGGGUCCGUGGGAUCGGGAGGGAUGGGCGGAGGAGGUGUUUCGGGGACUGGAACUGGAGUGGCCUGCACAGGGAGUGGAGGAGGAUCCACAGUACACAUACACCCACAGGCUGCACCUGUCGUGUGUCGGCAUGUGUUAGACACUCUCAUCCAGCUGGCCAAGGUAUUCCCAAGUCACUUCACUCAGCAGCGCUGUAAGGACCCCCUGUCCUCUUCCUCCUCUGACCUGGACUCUCGUCUGUGUAGUGGCACCAUCUCCACUACCGGGGGGUGCAGGACAGGAGGCGCAUCCCAAACCAACCCCUCCGGAACUCCCGGCACCCCCUCUUCCACCCACAACUCCCUGAGCUCCUCCUCGGCCACGCCCCAGUCCCUGGGAAUCUCCACCGAUUUCUGGGACCUGCUGGUCAAGCUGGACAACAUGAAUGUGAGCCGUAAGGGCAAGGCCUCCAUGAAGACAGUGCCUCUGGGCAGCGCCAGCGACGCAGACGGCGCCCAGCUCAGCCUGGAGGCGUCUCCUCUGGGCCAGCUGAUGAACAUGCUCUCUCACCCUGUGAUCCGACGCAGCUCCCUGCUCACCGAGAAGCUGCUACGCCUGCUCUCCCUCAUCUCCAUCGCCCUGCCCGACAACAAAGCCACCGAGGUGCCCGCAGCCCACCCCGUGCCCCAGGCCUCCGCCACCGCCGCCACCGCCCAGCCUGCCACGGGCUCCGGGGCGGUCACCACCGCAGCCAAUCAAGGCGCUGCCUCAGGGACAGUCCUGGCGCCAGCCCAGCCCUCCACUACUGCUGCUCCAACUACUGCUACUACUGUGGCUACCACCACCACUACCACAGGGACCAGUGCUGCAGGAAAACAGAAGGUGGCAGCGCCCACCACAGACACCGACGCCAAGUUGGCUUCCACUGGGCUAACAGAGAAACAGCUGCAGCUUGCUGUGGAGGUGCUGACCUCCCACUCCUGUUCGGAGGAAGGGCUGGAAGACGCGGCCAACAUCCUGCUACAGCUCUCCAGAGGUGACGCCCAGACGCGCGACACUGUGCUACGACUCCUGCUCAGUGGGGCUCGCCAUCUCGGUUACACUCUCUGCAAACAAAUCGGCACUUUACUGGCAGAGCUGAGGGAGUAUAAUCUGGAGCAGCAGAGGAGAGCACGGGCCGACGCCCAGUCUCCUGAAGCGUCUCACGAGGACCCGUCCAUCUCAGCCCGUCUCAAGGGCAAAAUGACCAGCAGAUUUGAUGGGACAGAGAGCGUGGUGAUUGUGGCUGCUCAGAAGCGCACUCUGGGCGGGCGGGAGCUGCAGUUACCCUGCAUGAGCUCCCUCACCUCCAAGACCUCCACGCAGAAGUUCUUCCUCCGCGUCCUACAGGUCAUCAUUCAGCUCCGAGAGGACACACGCCGCGCCAACAAAAAGGCCAAGCAAACUGGCCGACUGAGCUCCACCAGUCUGGGUUCUGCCAGCAGCAUCCAGGCGGCCGUGCGGCAGCUGGAAGCCGAGGCCGACGCCAUCAUUCAGAUGGUGAGAGAGGGGCAACGGGCUCGCCGGCUACAGCAGGCCCCUCCGCCCUCCUCCUCUUCAUCGUCCUCUUCCGCCGUCGCCGCUGCCGCCGCCGCUGCUACCGCUGGAUCGUCUGCGGCAGCUGCCCACGCCCCGGGCACUGCCGCAGCCAACAACCCCCCCGCCAGCACGGCCAGCGCUGCCACGUCGGAGGUCCAUUCGGCUACGGAGCCUCCAUCGGCCCAGAGAGACGACUCCCCCAUGGAUGUGGACCAGCCUUCACCUCUGGAGCAGGACUCCGCACCUCUGGGUGAGGAGAGCAGUAGCCAGCAGGAGCAGGAGGAGAGGGUUCCUGACCUCCCACUGUUGAGUGAGCAGCUCCUGUUGGAUGAGUUGUGGGACAUGCUUGGGGAGUGUCUGAAGGAGCUGGAGGAGUCACAUGAUCAGCACGCCGUUCUGGUGCUGCAGCCGGCAGUAGAGGCCUUUUUCCUGGUGCAUGCCACAGAGCGAGAGAGUAAACCUCCAGUCAGGGACACCAGAGAGAGCCAGCUGUCCCACAUCAAAGAUGAACCACCCCCUCUUUCUCCCGCACCUCUCACCCCAGCCACCCCCUCCUCUCUGGACCCCUUCUUCUCCAGAGAACCCUCUUCCAUGCACAUCUCCUCCAACCUGCCCCCCGACACACAGAAGUUCUUACGCUUUGCUGAAACCCAUCGCACUGUGCUCAAUCAGAUCUUGCGUCAGUCCACCACUCACCUGGCCGACGGUCCGUUUGCCGUUCUGGUGGACUACAUCCGCAUCCUUGACUUUGAUGUCAAGCGCAAGUAUUUCCGGCAGGAGCUGGAGCGUCUGGACGAGGGUCUGAGAAAGGAGGACAUGGCCGUUCAUGUGAGGAGAGAUCAUGUCUUUGAGGAUUCAUACAGAGAACUGCACCGCAAGAGCCCAGAGGACAUGAAGAAUAGACUUUAUAUAGUUUUUGAAGGAGAAGAGGGACAGGAUGCAGGUGGGUUGCUGAGGGAGUGGUACAUGAUCAUCUCCAGGGAGAUGUUUAACCCGAUGUAUGCCCUGUUCCGUACGUCGCCCGGCGACCGCGUCACGUACACUAUCAACCCCUCGUCUCACUGCAACCCCAACCACCUCAGCUACUUUAAGUUUGUGGGUCGUGUGGUGGCCAAAGCUGUCUACGACAACCGACUGCUGGAGUGCUACUUCACACGCAGUUUCUACAAACACAUCCUGGGCAAAAGCGUCAGGUACACCGACAUGGAGAGUGAGGACUAUCCGUUUUUCCAAGGCUUGGUUUACCUGCUGGAGAACGAUGUAUCCACUCUGGGCUAUGAACUGACAUUCAGUACCGAGGUCCAGGAGUUUGGGGUGUGUGAGGUCAGAGAUCUCAAACCUAACGGGGCAAACAUUCUGGUCACUGAAGAGAACAAGAAGGAGUAUGUGCAUCUGGUCUGUCAGAUGAAGAUGACUGGUGCCAUCCGUAAACAGCUGGCGGCCUUCCUGGAGGGUUUCUACGAGAUAAUUCCCAAAAGACUCAUCUCCAUCUUCACCGAGCAGGAACUGGAGCUGCUCAUUUCUGGUCUCCCCACCAUCGAUAUCGAUGACCUCAAGGCUAACACAGAGUACCACAAAUACCAGUCUAGCUCUAUACAGAUCCAGUGGUUCUGGCGGGCUCUGCGUUCCUUCGACCAGGCUGACCGGGCCAAAUUCCUGCAGUUUGUGACGGGAACGUCCAAAGUGCCACUGCAAGGCUUCGCUGCCCUGGAGGGCAUGAACGGCAUCCAGAAGUUCCAGAUUCACCGUGACGACCGCUCCACUGACCGCCUGCCCUCUGCACACACUUGCUUUAACCAGCUGGACCUUCCAGCCUAUGAGAGCUAUGAGAAGCUGAGACACAUGCUGCUGCUGGCCAUUCAGGAGUGCUCCGAGGGCUUCGGUCUGGCCUAGAGACUCUCCCUAAACCCAAUAUGGACACACACACACACCCACACCAGACAUGCGUUCAACACACAUACACACACACACACAUACGCACACGUACAUACACACUGGUUUAGACUUACACAUUGUUAACUUAUGACAUGCAUAUUCGCACUAUAGUAGACAUGGCCAAGACCUCCUUGUUUCUAAUCCAUGUAAGAAGACAGGCAGAUUUUUGGAGGGCUAAGCGAAUGAGACAGACGUUAUGUCAUUGCCUACUACACACAAAGCCUCUCAUUGACACACAGAACUGUAUUUGGUAUAUUUGUGUGUCUUUAUCUUCCCUAAUAAAUCGCAAACCCAAGAAACCCAAGAGAAGAUACCGAGGAUGAGCGUGGACUAAUAUAAAAAGACAUUUUCUCCAUUUAGUUUGUUUUCUCUGUACAAAAGGUUUG